AUGUACGCCGUCGAAGACGCCGUGGUUCAAUACUAUAAUGCCAGGGUCCAUUCUGACAAUGCCCAGAUGGACUUGUGGAAGGCCAUGGUGGAAGUCUUCAUGGAGCACGACGCCGUCGUCGAAUGGUGCUCGGACGAGGAGAGCAAGCGCAGCGUGCCCCCCAGCGACAGGCUCUGGCUCCGUCAGCUUGUUCACUCCGAGCUCAACGAGCUGGGAUACGGCCCAAAGUUUGCGGGCGACUUGUGA